GGAGAGAGUAUAAAAGAGAGAGAGGCUUCUGUGUUCAUAAGGAAAUAGAGUGAGCUUGACGGUUUGAGUGGACGUUAAUACCUCUACAUACAUCCUGCUUUAACAUGAAUGACCCACAAGACGAUCCGAUGGAUGGAAACAACUCAGAUGGACACGCAGAUGAUCCUUCUCAAACCAAUGGGGGCUCCUUAGACACCAGCGCAGGAAAAGAGCAGACGGACCAGCCAUCUCAGUCCCAACCGUCCCCUCCGGAAAGUGGGCCCACUGCUCCUGAGGACAGUAGUAACAAACCGUGUUCUGAUAGACCCGCAGAUGAUCCUUCUCAACCCAAUGGGGGCUCCUCAGACGCCAGCGCAGGAAAAGAGCAGACGGACCAGCCAUCUCAGUCCCAACCGUCCCCUCCGGAAAGUGGGCCCACUGCUCCUGAGGACAGUAGUAACAAACCGUGUUCUGGAGGGGGUUCAACUCAGCCUCCGCAGCAGAAGAAACUUGAUGCAGCAGAAAUAAAGAGGGUCCUACAAGAACUGAAGCCUGUGCUACAACCACGAUAUCUGGAGCAUGUUGAGCGUUGGAUGAAACAAGAUGGCGUUGAGCCUAAAGAGCUACUGGAGGUUUUAAAAUCCACGCAGAAAGAAACGAAGUUGUCUCUAUCUUCCUGUCUAUCGUCAUUGUCUUGGACUCUUUCAAGCUUUUCCACCGUGACUCUCAGUUCUGUGGUCACUGGACAAACGUUCGGAGCUCACCAAGUCAUCAUCAAUCAGCUGAAGAUCAAACAACUGAGAGUGACUGAGCUUACCCCCAAAAACCAGCACCAGUGUCAGAGCAUCAUCCUUUUCUGUCCAAUUACAUCCAGGGCCGGGUCUGACGUGGAAGCAGCGAUGAGGACUCCAGCAGUGGCUGCCACUGACAAGAGGAUUUUUCUGGUGCUGCUGUAUCACACUCGAGAUGUUGACUACUCCACCGCUGGAAAGAGCUGCGCAGAGAAGUUCCCCAGGGUUUUGUCUGAGUUUCACGUUCUCUUCCAUGAGACUCAGAAUGGCUUACUCAAAUGUGAACAGAACAGUCAGGCCAUCCGUGAAUUAAGAGAAGCAAUUUGCGCACAAUUUGGACUCAGUUAGAUCAGAGGGCUGCAGCCCAGCCUCUGGAGCCUCCUGUGGCUCCUCAGCCUCUCUGGAGUGGCUCAAAUCAUCUUAUUGGUCUUGUUUUAACAGAUGUA